GGUGCCUUGUCUGUGUUGACGUUGGCUGUCAGUCGGGAGCUGGUUGAAGGAGAAAAUGAACGUUGGGCUGAAGGCGGUUUCGUUGUUUUGGCGACUCUGGAUUUUUUCCAGUUUUUGGGUGUGCGGCGUCUUGGAGACAUCUGACUUGAGCUACGUCACUUGUGGUUCGGUUAUAAAAUUAUUAAACACUCGACACAAUGUGAGGUUACACUCGCACGACGUGAAGUAUGGCUCAGGAAGUGGUCAGCAGUCUGUGACUGGAGUGACUGAAGCAGAUGAUAGUAAUAGUUAUUGGAGGAUACGUGGAAAAAGUGACACUGUGUGCCAACGUGGAAAUCCAAUAAAAUGUGGUGAGACUAUUCGUUUGACUCAUAUAAACACAGGACGUAAUUUGCACAGCCAUCACUUUACCUCUCCGUUAUCAGGAAACCAGGAAGUGAGUGCAUUUGGUGAGAAUGGAGAAGGAGAUAGCCUGGAUAAUUGGACUGUCAUGUGUAGUGGAACAUACUGGGAACGAAAAAAUCCAGUGAGGUUUAAACAUACUGCUACAGAAGUCCUGCUGUCCAUUACAGGAGAACAAUAUGGGCGACCAAUAAAUGGCCAACUUGAAGUUCAUGGCAUGCAGUAUUCAAACCAAUUUAAUUCUUGGAAGGUGAUGGAAGGAAUUUUUAUGAAACCAGUGGAAGUGUCAAGGGCUGGAAUGGAAGCACAUAUUGAACUAUAAGUAAAACAAAAGCUGUCAAUAUUGUGGGGUUUAACUUACAGUUGGGCCCUGAAAAAAUCUGAAUCUCAAUCAGUUUUCAGUAUUAAAUGUACUGUGACUUAGACAUGCAAAACGUUGCACCUUGAUAGUACGUUUUUGAGAAAAUCCUGACGAGCACAAGCUGUCCUGUGAAGUCCUAUUUUUCAACGCCGAAUGGCAGCAGAAGCGUUUUAAAACAUUUAAGGUGAAUGGAACUACCUUUGUUUUUACUUAAAUUGCAAUGUAAAAACAAAAGUUAGGAUGCAUUUGAUGUGUUCUUUGAUUGAAACAUACUCAUGGAGUAUUUAAAAUUAGGAUUCAAUUCAGAACGAUAUUAAGGCUAUAACAUUUGGACCACUAAAAAGCAAUGCCAAAUAAGUAUUAAUUAUAUUGGCAAUCACUUAUUUUUGAAUCCUGAGGUAAUGCAAAGGAAAUUUAGAUUAUUUAAUAAAGGCAAAGUGGAGUUACUGAAUGAAGUGUGGAAUGACUGAAAUUAAAGUUGGCAAUGCAAAAGGCUGGUAAUGAAUUAGUCUUGCUUUAUGAUUUGAAGAUCAUGAACUUGCUUUUCUUGGUUGGCUAAUUUUAAUAAGGUUUCAAUUCUUUACCUAAAUAAGUGGAAUUAAAAAAAAAGUCAAGGUAUCUCAUUUCAAGUUUGAAAUGUGAAAACUGAUGAGCCAAACCCUUACAAAAUGAGAAAUUGUUUCUUUAAGCCAAUUAUCAAAUUCAUCUUGCCUGGGAAGAUGCAUGAUUGCAAUUAGCCUUCGAAAGAAAAAGAAACUGAAACUGGGAUGGGAAGGGGCAGUCUUAAAAGAAGUAAAGCCUCAAUUUUGUAAUUGCUAGACCAAGCAUAAUUGUUUUUGGCUCUUAGCUUGGUACUCAAAGAAACUAUUAUUUGAAAGGACAUCUUUCCUUUAGCAGCCUCUUUCAAUCCACCUGCAUCCUAAAGUGGCCAUUUUCAGUAAAGUGUUUACUAUGCUCUUUGUUUCAUUCUUCAAGAAUCCUGACACGUAAGACCCUGUAAAUAAGAAAAAUUUCUCUUGGUUUUUGGAAUUCAUAUUUAGAAGUAAGCCAUUACUACACUAACACAUCUGUGCAUCUUUGCAAUUUUACAUAUUGAAUGAUAUAAUACUACUGUCAUAAUUUUAUUGUGAUGUAUUUGUUUGGACCAGAAUAGGAGGGAAAUUAUUGAAACUCUGGUGUUGCAAAAUUGUAAUGGCAAAUGACAGUUGUGAUGACUAAUGAAGUAAUCACUAAUUCACUAAUCCAAAUGAUAUGAUCAGUCCUGAAAUAAACUUCCCUAAAUUUAGAUAUCGAUACAGCUGUACAUUGAAUUUUUAAAUUUACUAUUCACUGAACUUGAACCAAAAUGCCCAAAUGUUAUAAUAUGCCAUUUAAUGUAAAAUUUUUGCCACAUAAUAUCAAUUGAACCAUUUUUUAUUAUUUUACAGUUGUGGAGUUUUGUAAAAAGUGACUGUUUUAUUUUAUCUUGGAGCUUCUAUUCAUUGGAUUUGUUAGACUUGGGAUGUGAAUCUUUCUCAUUUAACAGUUAUUAGUCUGCUAAAAUGUGUUUAGCUGACAUAAAGGUAACGUUUUUCACUACAAACUUAUCAAUCCUGAAACUUGGAACAGUUGGUUUCUUUUAUGUGCCAAUAAUGGAGCAUAUGUAAUGAAUGCUAAACUCUUUCUCUCCUUCAUCCAUUUCCUUAACCUUAAUCUCUUUAUAAAUUUGUCCUUUUCUCGUUAGGAAUAUUUAGUACCUCAGUGAAUGUUACUAUAAGUUACAUGCCCAGCUGUUAGUAUGUAUUGUACAUGGGUUAGAUAGAAUAAAUGUAAAUUUAAAAAUCAAAAUGUUGUACUUAAUCUUUAGAAUGCUGCAAUUAACUGAACCUUUAGUGUUUUUUCUAUCCCUUUUUAAUAAAUCACUUCCUUAUUUAAA